AUGUCAGAGAAAGAGGAAGCUGUGUUCCGUUCUGCGGACAUGUCUUUGGUGCAAGUCUAUAUCCCAACUGAGGUAGCGAGAGAAAUAAUCUAUAAGAUCGGUUCAUUAAAUAUCAUUCAAUUUAGAGAUUUAAAUUCAAAAGUAAAUGAAUUUCAAAGAUCUUUUGUCAGGGAGUUAAGAAGACUAGACGAUGUUGAAAGACAAUUCAAUCUAUUUAAGAAAGAGUUAGAUUUCAAAGAUAUUCCAAUCAAAACAUUCCCUUAUGAAUUUUCGAUUCCUCAAAUUUCAGAAAUAGAUGAACUCAUUGAAAACUCAAAAUUAUUGGAAGAUAGGGUUGUUCAAUUAAGAGAUUCGGUAGAUACUUUAUAUAGUAGUCAAAAUAAUUUAAAGCAAUUUAAAUCUUCCAUAUUAGCGGUUGAUAAAUUUUUCAACUUAGCAAAUGACGGGAACAUCAGAAAUGAAGAAAAUGCAGUUUUGACUCAAUUGACACAAUCACAAUCUGGAGAUGUAUGGCCUGUAUCAUCAUUUAUUGCAGGGGUGAUAAAUCGUGAUAAAGUUGGUUUAUUACAACAAAUUUUAUGGAGAAUUUUGAGAGGUAAUUUGUAUUAUCAUUACGAGGACAUAAACGAAGAGAUAUUUGAUAUUAAACACAAUGCUUAUGUUGCCAAAAGUUCAUUUAUUAUAUUUUCCCAUGGUGCAAUGAUUCAUGAGAGGAUUGUCAAAAUUUGUGAAUCCUUAGAUGCAGAAAUUUAUGAUGUCGAUUCUUCCUCACACAAAAGAGAGGUGCAAUUGACUGACAUUAAUGCAAAAUUGAAUGAUUUAUCAACGGUCUUGAAUGAGUCUGAGAAUGCUUUAGCUUCAGAAUUGAUCGCUAUUAGCCGUGACUUGGGAAAAUGGUGGGAAAUAAUAGCAAGAGAAAAAGCAGUAUAUAAAACCAUGAAUUUAAGUGAUUAUGACAACUCAAGAAAGACUCUUAUUUGUGAAGGUUGGACUCCAACAGACUCAUUAGGUGAUUUAACAAAAACUAUACAGGAUUAUGAUCAAGCUCAGUCUAUCCCAACCAUUAUCAACGUAUUGAGUACAAAUAGAAUCCCUCCAACCUAUAAUCGUACCAACAAAUUUACUUAUGCAUUCCAAGCCAUUUGUGAUGCUUAUGGUGUUGCAAGAUAUAAAGAGAUUAAUCCUGGUUUACCAACUAUUAUCACUUUCCCUUUCAUGUUUGCUAUUAUGUUUGGUGAUUUAGGUCAUGGUUUUAUAGUAUUUUUAGCAGCAUUGGCGAUGGUUUUGAGUGAAAAGAAAUUAAAUGGAAUGAAGAAAGAUGAAAUAUUUGAUAUGGCUUACACCGGUCGUUACAUAUUAUUAUUGAUGGGAAUUUUUUCGAUGUACACCGGUCUUAUAUAUAAUGAUAUUUUCUCAAGAUCGAUGUCUUUGUUCAAAAGUGGAUGGAAAUGGCCAGAGCAUUUCAAACUUGGUGAGACAAUACAUGCUAAAUCAAUUGGAACUUACAUCUUCGGGAUGGAUCCAGCAUGGCAUGGAACUGAGAAUGCUUUAUUGUUUUCAAAUUCAUAUAAAAUGAAAUUAUCAAUAUUAAUGGGUUAUGUACAUAUGACUUAUUCAUUAUUUUUUUCUUUGGGAAAUUUCAUAUAUUUCAAUUCAUUUAUAGAUAUUAUUGGUAAUUUCAUUCCUGGUAUGUUAUUCAUGCAAAGUAUUUUUGGAUAUUUAGCAUUAUGUAUUGUUUACAAAUGGACUGUUAAUUGGUUCGCAAGUGGUGAUCAACCACCAGGUUUGUUGAAUAUGUUGAUUUCAAUGUUCUUGUCACCUGGUACAGUUGCCGAGCCUUUGUAUUCUGGUCAAUCAACAAUUCAGGUAUAUUUAUUAGUAAUUGCAUUAGUUUGUGUUCCCUGGUUAUUAUUAGUAAAACCAUUGUAUUUAAAAAGACAAAUAGAUAAAGAAGCUAAAUCACAAACAUAUCACUCAUUACCAAAUGAUGAAGAGUCUGGUGAGUCAGGUACAUACGAAGAUUCUCAUGGUGCAAAUGAUGAAGAAGAAGAAGAUCUCGAAGAACAUAACUUUGGUGAUAUAAUGAUUCAUCAAGUCAUUCACACUAUCGAAUUUUGUUUAAAUUGUGUCAGUCAUACAGCAUCGUAUUUAAGAUUGUGGGCUUUAUCUUUAGCUCAUGCUCAAUUAUCUACUGUUUUAUGGUCAAUGACAAUAGGAAAUGCUUUUGGUCCAACUGGAUUCUUAGGUGUAUUCGCUGUUGUAUUCUUAUUUGCAAUGUGGUUUACAUUAACCGUUUGUAUCUUGGUAGUUAUGGAAGGUACUUCGGCAAUGUUACAUUCUUUGAGAUUGCAUUGGGUUGAGAGUAUGAGUAAAUACUUUGAAGGGGGAGGAACUCUAUACGAACCAUUUGGAUUUGUAGGAUUGUUAGAUAAUGUAUUCUAG